AUGGCAGGACCCAGGCUGUUGACAGCCCAGUUCAAGACAUCGCUGCUGCCGACAAACGAACACGACUGGGCUCAGUUGCUGGCCUUUCUGACCUGUUUCAGCAAUGAUGCAAAUCAAGCCUCGCCGCCCUUUGCCCCGACCGUUCUCCUUGUCUCGAGUGAAGUCCUGUCGGGGCUUCUGCGCUCAUUGACUCAGGACAAGGUUACCACCGUCCUCGGCCACGAUCUCGACAUCAGUGUCCAUUUCUGUACCUCGUCUGCUGUUCUCAAGGAUUUGCAGACGUCUUCCCUCGAUGAUGGUGUCUGGAAGAACGUCCUCCAAGGCCGCGUGACCACAUCAGGUCUGAGAGAGUGGUGCGAGGCCCAGGACAACAGCUCGAGGCUGACUGCUCAAACUAUCUGCUUCUGCGACAUUGACCAGGCCUCGAAGCCUGAUGCCUGGGGACCAGCAGCGCUGGAUUUCUUCACGACAGAUAACAACGGCAAUAUCAAUGAGAUGGAGGGAGAAUCGGAGGACUUGGAGUCUGACCAAAAGAGUGACUCGGGAUCGUCGGUAACCGCUGACGGUGAGGAGCCAGAAUGGUCGAAAUGUUUGAAAGAGAGCUACCGCGAAGAUGCGGUGGAGGCUGCGGUUUGA